CCUCCUGGGUGUAGCCCACCCAGCUCAGCUUUAAGAGGCGCCGUAGAGAGACUGAGCUCUCAUCCUUCUGCUCUCAGGAGACGCAGCCGGGACAACCAAGGUCUAACCGGAGCUGGUCUUAUCUCUGUGUUGGAGGCUGAACCUGGACCUGGACCAGACCGAGACAACCAGGUCUAUCCGGAUCUGGUCUUAUCUCGGUGUUGAUGGCUGAACCUGGACCUGGGCCAGACCGAGGCAACCAGCCAUCUCGGUUGGCAUCCAUGGCCAACUGGGUAGGCCUAAGGAGUUGGAAAACUCUCCAGUGGGUGGUCGGUUCAAAUCCCGACUCGAAUCCUGACCAGGACACAGAAAAUGUGAAUAGGAUGGCCGUGGACAGGGGUAAGACCGUAGUGCUGGCAGCAUUGGGCCGGCCCUUCAGUCUGGGGAUGCUCUACGACUGUCGCAACGACUCACUGAUCCCCGCUCUGAAACUUUGGGACCGGGAAGCCUUAGAGAAAGAAGCAGAUGAAAGACCCCAACCCAACAGUGAAUUUGACAUACUUGCAUCCGACUCCAUCGAAGACAAAUCUUCUGCAUUGAAUGUUGAAGCUUCACUGCAAGCCAGUUUUCUGUGUGGAAUGGUUGAUUUAGAAGGCUCUGCUAAAUUUCUCUCAGAUUCUAAGCAUUCCAUAAAUCAGGCUAGAGUGGUACUUAAUUACAAAACCACCACCAAAUUCAAAGAGCUGUCAAUGAAUCACAUUGGCAGAGGUAAUGUGAAACAUCCAUAUGUGUUUGAGUCAGGACAAGCAACACACGUAGUGACAGGAAUCCUUUAUGGGGCACAAGCCUUCUUUGUGUUCGACCGUGAGUUGUCACAAAAGGAAGAUCGGCAAGACAUUGAGGGCAAUCUAAAGGUGCUGAUCCAGAAGAUACCCAGCUUGAAGAUAGAUGGCAAAGGUUCUCUAAACAUGGCAGGCAAGGACAAGGUUAAUGUUGACAAGUUUAACUGCAAGUUCUAUGGGGACUUUAACCUUAAGAAACCACCUGUGUCUUUUCAGGACGCAAUAGAAGUCUAUCAAAGCCUACCUAAGCUGUUGGGAACCAACGGAGAGAACGCAGUGCCUCUGAAGGUCUGGUUAAUGCCACUGACGGCUUUAGAUUCUGCUGCUGCUCAACUGGUUAGGCAGAUAAGUGAUAGUUUAGUCAGGGAUGCUCAGAAUGUCCUGGAGGAUCUCAACGAGCUGGAAAGGAGAUGCAAGGAUGCAGAAAGUUGCACAACAACCAAGCAAUUCCCACAGAUUAGCAAGAAGGUGAAAGCUUUCAAGGAACUUAUUUUUCGGCAGAAAGUUCAAUUCCAGAAUAUUAUGGCAAAGAAACUCCCAUUGAUCCGAGGAGGAGGAGAGGAGGAAAGUGUUCUCGCAGAGAUCCUGAAAAAAAUACAUUCCUCUCCCUUCAAAAGUGGUGAAAUGAAUGAGUGGAUGGAUUGUAAAGAGAAAGAAAUCAAAAUCAUCAGCUCUCUGAUUAACAAAAUGCCCAACAUGAUGAUUGUUGCGUCCAGUCACAACACUCUGCAGAGUGAGAUCCACAGUGGAGAUGUCAGACAUACAGUGUGCUUUGUCUUUACCUCCCUGGAAGGCCCAGAGCCGUACCUUUCAGCUCUGUCAAAGUACUUGGAUGAAACCAAACAAGACGACGUGCCAUGUGCUUAUGAUAUGGAAAAGGAACAAUGGUUCUCCGCAAAUGUCACGUAUGAGAAAAUGCAGCUCUUCAAAGAUUUUGCAGAGGCCAACAAAGAGAAAAAAAACAUUAGGUUUCUAGCAGGUGCAAUAAGCGAUGAUGAGAAGAAAGGCGCAACUCUCCACCUCUACAAGGAUGGGUCCUUAGCCAACUACAACUUUGAACCACCUUCGAAGCCAGAGAUGACCACAGGUGAUAUAACCCAUAACAGUGUAACACUGAAUAUUUCCCCUCCUCAAUUUGGGUUGACAACUGUCACCCACUACACUGUUGAGUUCUGUGUCCAUGGAGAUGAUGUUUGGGAUCAACAAAUGGAGAGCAAGGCUGGGGAUGUCAUAGUGUCCGGCUUGAAGAUUAAUGAAGGGUAUCAGUUCAGAUGUAGAGCCUGGUGCGCAGUCGGCCUCGGUCCGGCCUGUGAAGGUAGCCCUUUAAUUAAAACCUUACCAUCCAGUCCUCCAGAAAAACUACAAGUGGAAUGUUAUUCUACAGAGUUAUCAGUCAGCUGGGAGAAACCAUCUGAGCUUGGAAGUGGAGCGGGGAUCAAGCAAUACAUCUUAGAAUAUGCUGAAACAUCUCCAGAAGUGAACCCUGAAGAGUGUAUAUGGAGCAAACCAAUAUUCACAGCCAACGACUCCCAACUAGUCAAAGUCAUUCCAGGGCUGCAGCCUUCAACGCGAUACACUGUCAGAGUCAGAUGUGACUGUGGACUUUCUGGCCUUGGCAAAGAGGAAUCAGUAGUUGUGUGCACAAAAAAGCUAUCUGAUAAACUGGCUACAUCAAUCAAAGCAUCGAGCAAAGUAAUAGAACCUGGUUCUCCUUCAGUUUUCAAGUUACCCCUGGAGAAAAACAAUAGUAGGAUAGAUGGAUGCAAGAGCUACACAUUUGGCAAUGACAGCGUUAAGACAAAUCGCACUGUCAUGUUUCUGGGGGCAACAGGUUCAGGGAAGUCAACUCUGAUCAAUGGAAUGAUCAACUACAUCCUGGGCAUAGAUUGGAAAGACUCUUUCCGCUUCAAACUAAUCAAUGAGGAUCAGUCAAAGUCACAAGCUGAAAGUCAGACUACCCACGUAACCACCUACAAAAUCAACCACCAAGAAGGCUUCAAAGUUCCUUAUUCUCUAACCCUUGUUGACACUCCUGGUUUCGGGGACACAAGGGGAAUAGAGAGUGACAAGGCGAUCACAGAGCAGAUCAGGAGUCUCUUCACCUCGGCAAAGGGAGUCUUUGAGAUAGAUGCAAUUUGUUUUGUUACCCAGGCCUCUCAAGUAAGACUAACGGCGUCACAGAAGUAUGUGUUCGAUUCAGUGCUGUCCAUCUUUGGUAAAGACGUGGCGGAAAACAUUUGCAUUCUGGUCACGUUUGCAGACGGUCAGCAGCCUCCUGUUCUUGAGGCGAUCAAUGCAGCCAAAAUUCCAUGUCCCAAAACCAACAAAGACCUUCCGGUGCACCACAAAUUCAACAACUCUGCACUGUUUGCUGAAAAUAAAUCUUUCAGUGACAGAGCUGAUCAAGACUCCAAAUCAUCAAAAUAUCCAGAAGAAAAAAAGAUAAAUGUUAACAACUUUGAUGCAAUGUUUUGGGCAAUGGGGGCCAGCAGCAUGGAAACAUUCUUCACUGCCUUGGGACAAAUGACCACCAAGAGCCUGCAGUUAACCAAAGAGGUUCUCGAAGAGCGAAAGCAGUUGGAGGUGUCUGUGGAAGGAAUCCAGCCCCAGGUACGGGCGGGGUUGCUGAAACUGGAACAGAUCCGAUCAACCCAACAACAGAUCGAAAAGCACACCGCCGACAUCAGUUGCAAUGAAAACUUUCAAAUUGAAGUUGAAAUCAUAAAGUGUGUUAAAACAAACCUUACCAAAGAGGGACAGUUCAUCACUAACUGUCAGCAGUGUCACAUCACCUGCCAUUACCCCUGUAUCAUAGCAGAUGAUCGGCAAAAAAUGCGCUGUGGUGCCAUGAAGGAUGGGAAAUGCACAGUUUGCCCUGGAAAAUGUGACUGGAACGUACAUUUUAACCAGAAAUACAAGUUUGACUACGUCAAGGAGAAGCAGGUGACGACGGUACAAGAGCUGAAAGAGAAGUAUGAAAAAGCCUCUGAGGCGAAGAUCACAGUCCAGCAACUGAUUGAAAUCCAGAAGGAGGAGGUUGCCCAUCUGCAGGAUGAGAUAAUAUUACUGAUGGACACGUCGUCUGCCUGUUUAGCUCGGCUGAAGGAGAUAGCUCUGCGGCCUGACCCGCUGAGCACGCCAGAGUACAUCGACCUGCUCAUUGAGGGAGAGAAGUCAGAGGGCAAAGAGGGUUACCUGGCACGGAUUCAGUCUCUGGAAAAAAUGAAAGGAAAUGCCCAAAUCAUAGCCAAGGUUUCAAAAGGAGAGCAACUAACCAGACCAGAGGAAGAAUACGUGGAGGGAAAAAAGCAAAGAGAAAAAAAGGGAUUACGCACCAGGUGUGUUGAAGGACUUGGUAACUGGUGGAAGAGUGUAGUAAAUUGAGAGAUCCUUAAUCUAGACUUCCCCUCCCCGGGUCACAUUGAACAGCUCUGAUGCGGGGUUACGCAACGUUCCCAGGCCAGUUUUGAGUCCAGGGUCCUCCUCGAGGUCUCCUCCCGACUGGACAUGCCUGGAACCCCUCCCUAGGGAGGCGCGCAGUGGGCAUCCUCACCAGAUGACCGAACUGUUAUAGGGUUAGGGCUAGCUUUAAAAAAUAAAAAUAACAAAUUAUUUUCAAUGGGGAUGGGCAACACAGUUUUUCUUGGAUUAGAAACCAAAACAUUUUAUUUGAAAGCGAUGGCAUUUGUUUUAAAUAGGCAUGUGUGAUACUUUGUUUGAAUAUGACAGCUUUUAAAAAUCACAGGUCUUCUGUUUUUAUAGUUUAUAGUCAUAUCCUUCUCAGGUUUUUGUUCGCUUCACCUCCUUGUUUCUGCUGUAACUCAUUAAGUUCAGGUUUGAGGUAUACGUUUUGCCAUAACUUUGUACUGAUUUUUGACGCAGGUAACCUUUUACCUAUAUAUUUUUAACAAUUCCAAAAAAUGUAUACAAAUAAAAUUUCAAUAAUUUUAUGAGGGUGGAUUCUCAAAACUUUACCAUCAUCAGUAUUGGAAGUAUUGGUUUCGAUCCACCCAUCCUUAAUUUCCACAGUAGGUGUUCACAGCAAUUAGUCACUUAUUGACAUCCUUCUUCUGCUACAUCAACUCAUUUUAUGCUUGUUCUUUGAUAUAAUAACACAGAUGCUGUUGAUGAAAACAUUGUAAUGAAAUUGUGACCAAUAUUUUCUUGGGUGUAAAUGUGAUUAUGAAUAUGUUAGAGGAAAUCAUAACAGAGGUUGGAAAAAUAAUAUUUACAAAAGUAUAAUCAUCUCCUGUAUGCAUGCUAUAUGUCAUCUUACUCUUUAAAGAAAAACGAAAUUUAAACGAAAUUAAAGAUUGAUCCGCGUCUGUAUUUA